GUUACUGUUUACCCCACCUUUUGCGUCCUCAUCAAGAAUUAAUAAAAAAAUUUGUCGUUUGCGUAAUCUCAUGUUCAUGUCUACUAAAAAUGUGAGAAUUUGAAAUUUAGGCUUUUGACUUUAAUUGGGUCGUGACAGCAUGCCCUGUAUAGUGUAAUCCAAAAGACCAGGAAACACAUUUACCGAUAUUACCUUAGUUUUCUCCGCUAUCAAUUCCUGCAAAGGUAUAGCAUUCGAAAAAAUAAUCAUCGAGGUUAGACGUGGACAGGCAGAUUGUUUUUCCGCACAAAGGGGGUUUCCCCUGAACUAACCGAAUUACUUCUUGUUUCUCUUAAUGUAUCACUAUCAGUACAUUAUUACCCAUCGUUAUACUGAGGAAUAAUAAUGUUUAAAUUGAGAUCGUUUCUAGUAGUUUUCUUGUUACACGGAUUAACAUUUGUGUCCGCUGAUGACGACGGAACAAAUAGUGCUCAGAAAGCAGUCUUAGAUAUCUUGUCAUCAAGCAAUUACUCCAAAUUCGCCCGACCUGGGACACCAAGCACCCCGACGCAAAUUAAAGUGAACAUGCUCGUCAGAAGAGUAGAGAAAAUUGACGAUAUUUUAGUAAGUAUAAUUUAAAUGUAAUUCAGAUGUACUGAAUAUUUUAAUAACUUAAAUUCUCACAAGAUGCAACUAUCUAUGCAAUUUACUUUGCGACAAAUUUGGUAUGAUCCCCGAUUGCGAUACAGCAACCUGGUAAAAUCGCCCCCUUCAAUCGGAUAUGUCACGAUUGACGACUCUGCCGCAAAUUCGGCCUCCUUAUGGACGCCUGACAUAAUGUUUGGAAAUGAGGCGUCCUCAUCCAUUCAUCAAGUAAUGAAGCCCAACAGCUACAAAAGAAUCUUUCCGGAUGGGAUGGUGCUGUGGAGCACGAGGUUAACUUCGACCAUGUCUUGUCAAAUGGACCUCCGCUACUUUCCCUUCGAUAAACCCAUCUGUCCAAUUAUUUUAGUCCCCUUUUCAUCCACAACGAAAGACAUGCAUCUCAUGUGGGACGAUGAAGGGGGGCGCAACCCAAUCACAUUGUCAGUUCCAAGGUACCAGAGAAGAUUUUCAAAGUUUGACUUGGUAAAGUCGUCAGCAGGAACAUGCAGCACAUCAGGCGUCCCGGGUUUAGCAUCCAUUGGAAAUUUUAGCUGCAUCAAAAUGGAGCUGUAUUUGGAACGUCAGUCUGGAAUGUACUUGUCGAUGGUGUAUUUACCAACCUCGCUUUGCAUCAUGCUAUCAUGGAUAUCCUUCUAUUUGUCGAAAUCUAUCAGUACAAGGAUGAGUUUGACGGUGACGUUACUGUUGACCAUGGCCACGCAAAUUCAAGGGCUUAACGAUAAUAUGCCACAAGUUAGUUACGCGAAAAGCAUUGACUGGUGGACUGGUUUUUGCAUGGCAUAUGGCGCCCUAGCAAUCUUGGAGACAGCAAUCGUAGCCUAUUUAAUACAAGGACAAGAAACGCAAGUAGACAUUCUAAUGCAUGAAAAACGCUUCGUUAAAACAAUGAUGCUGGACAAGGUUUCAAGGGUACUGUUUCCUGCAGGAUUCCUAAUGUUCAUAAUUUUAUAUACACUCAUAUUUGUCGUCGGAAACGAAUUUAUCGAGGCAACUUGACAGAUUGAUAAUUUUGAUGUGCUGCGCACCAUAUGAAACAUUUUGAAUUUAUGAUAUUGGAUUUUAAUUUACCAAUGAUUUAUUUGAUUCGACAUAUUUAACUCAUUAACAUAUAUGCAUAAUUGCCAUAUGUUUAGCAAAUUAAACAUGUAAGGAGCACCAAUUAUUACAAAUAUUCACCAGUCUUCAAAUAAGCUAGCAAAUUUAGACAAGAAGCAGUACAUCCGCUCCAAGAUUUGAAAUCAUUGGAAGGAUUCCGUUUGUCUGAACAAACUU